AUGGAGUCCUCGCCACGAGUCCUCGUUCGACUCCUUCUUCCUCGCAUACCUCUCAUCCUUAGGACAGCUCUUCUCAAUGCCCUGUCGCUAUCCGCGAAUUCGUCGAAACAAGAUACGAGGACCGAGGUCACUGUUGCCCUCAUACGCUCCAUUACCUCAGUGAGAAAACCAAUGCGCUUCCUGCAAAGGCUCUCAAUUCGAGAUCCUGGCAUCAAGGGCCCCAUGCUGGUCUCGAAGGACACCAUUCCAGCCCCAAGUGAGGACGCUAUAAGAGACGUUUUAGGCGCAGCUAUCAAGGAGCUAGGGGAUGGUUCAGAAACAUACACUCUUCCCGACGCUGUAGCCGUCGAAGCUGAAUGGAUCACAUAUAAGCCCGGCGUGCUGCCCAGCGAACCAAGAGCUGACCUCCCGGAGCGGGAGCACUAUCAGGCUAUUAAAGAGAUGGUCUCGUCACCGACAACUAUAUUAUAUUUUCAUGGAGGCGCCUAUUUCCUCAUGGACCCGGCCAGUCAUCGGGGGACUACUUCUCGACUGGCGAAACUGACAGGUGGGCGUUGUUAUUCUGUUCGGUAUCGUUUGGCACCGCAGCAACCGUUCCCUUCGCAGCUUCUGGACGCUUUCAUUGCGUACCUUUCGCUACUAUCCCCUCCCGCGGGAAUGCAUCAUGAGCCUGUGGCUGCCCAGCAUAUCGUCUUUGCAGGUGAUUCAGCAGGAGGCAACCUUGCAAUUGCACUGAUGCUGUUUCUUUUGACGCUGCGAAGAACGGGGAUUCAAAGCAUCAAAUUCCACGGCGCCGAAGUUCCUAUUGAGCUCCCGGGGGGCGUCGCCACUAACUCUCCCUGGGUUGACAUCGGACUGUCGAUGCCCUCGUUACAACGCAAUGCUCACUUCGACUACCUUCAGCCGCCAAGUGCCGUUGGUCUGUCCAAGACAGAGCCACUUCCGGACGAUUUAUGGCCUACAAGUCCUCCACGCGCAGAAAUCUUCUGUAAUGCCUCAAUGAUGAUGCAUCCUCUUGCCUCUCCGUUGGCAGCUUCUCCAAAGCUUUGGGAAGGAAUGCCCCCGGUCUUCAUGUGUUUGGGCAACGAGGGUCUCGAGGACGAGAUCACUCUUCUUGCACGCAAAAUGCACCAAGGAGGCGGAAUCGUGGAAUUUGCGGGCUUCGAAGGUAUGCCUCAUUGUUUUGCUAUGGUCUUUCCCACGUCGCCUAUGGCAAGAGAUUGCUUCCGGCGCUGGGCUCAAUUCUGCUCCGAUACCACUCAAGGCAGAAGACCAAAGUCAAGCAGGGCUAGCUGGGCCAAAGCAUUUUCCAAUCCACCAGAACAACAACGUAUAGAAAUGCGCGACAUAAGUCAAUUUAGCGAUGAAGAUACAAUCAACUUCAUGAAAAAAAGACAAGAGCAAGCCAUGAUUCGAGAGCAGGACGCUUUGAAAACAUGGCAAGAACAGCAAUCGAGAGCGAGGUUAUGA